AUGACUGACUUAUCUUGUGAACAGAGUAAAAUUCAUCGAAGAAAAACUACUUCGAAUAAUACUGAUUAUUUACGUGUUAUUGGAGUUGGAUUACCACGAACAGGUACAUCUUCACUAAAGAAUGCUCUCGAAAUACUUGGCUUUGGUCCAUGUCAUCAUAUGACUGAAUUAUUGAAGAAACCUGAACAAGGUAAAAUAUUUGCACAAAUAUUGGAUGGUUAUGAAGCAGAUUUUCAUGAAUUACUCAAAGGAUAUCAAUCAUCAGUUGAUGUUCCAACAGCUUUAUUUUACAAAGAACUUCAUCAAAUUUAUCCAAAAGCUAAACUUAUACUUACAGUACGUGAUAGUAAUGAACAAUGGUUUGAAUGUUUCAAAAAUUCCAUUGCACCGAUAUGGUUAGAUAAUUUAUUCUUUAUUAAUAUUUAUCCUUUGCGAAAUUUACGUCGAUUAUGUGUUGUUGCUAGAAAAAUGGCUAAGAAAUGGAUCGAUGAAUAUGGUGAAAUAGGACCUCACAUUCAUGAAUUACAUAAUGCUCGAGUGAUAAAAGAAAAUAAACCAGACGAGUUACUUGUAUUCAAUGUGAAAGAAGGAUGGACUCCUCUAUGUAAAUUUUUAAAUGUACCAAUCCCACAAGAUAUUCCAUUUCCAAAUGGAAACUAUCCGGAAUAUGUUCAAGGCAGACUUCGAAUAGCCAGAUUAGUAGGAUGCUGUGCUUGGAUCUUUAUUAUUGUGGUAGUUAUUGUCUUAAUUUAUUUCUUUUCUUCAUUCAUUGGUUGUAAAAUUUCGAGAGUUUAUAAUUUUUCUUCUUGA